CAGUGCGCGGAGGGCGGCUCGGCCGCGCGCACGCCGGGUAUCCAGGCCGAGCCGGGAGCGAGAGCAUGGCGGGCGCGGGCGCAAAGCGGCGCGCGGUGGCGUCCCCUGCGGCGACGCUGGCGGCGGCAGCCGAGGAGGAGCGGCAGGCGAGAGAGAAGAUGCUGGAGGCGCGGCACGCGGACGGCUCGGAUUCCGGGGGCGAAGGCGUGACCCUGCAGCGCAACAUCACCCUGCUCAAUGGUGUGGCCAUCAUCGUGGGCACCAUCAUCGGCUCGGGCAUCUUUGUGACGCCCACGGGCGUGCUCAAGGAAGCGGGUUCGCCCGGGCUGGCCCUCGUGGUGUGGGCUGUGUGUGGCGUCUUCUCCAUCGUGGGCGCACUCUGCUACGCCGAGCUGGGCACCACCAUCUCCAAGUCGGGCGGCGACUACGCCUACAUGCUGGAGGUCUACGGCUCGCUGCCGGCCUUCCUCAAGCUCUGGAUCGAGCUGCUCAUCAUUCGGCCCUCCUCACAGUACAUCGUGGCGCUGGUCUUCGCCACCUACCUGCUCAAGCCGAUCUUCCCCACCUGUCCGGUGCCCGAGGAGGCAGCCAAGCUCGUGGCCUGCCUCUGCGUGCUGCUGCUUACAGCUGUGAACUGCUACAGCGUGAAGGCUGCUACCCGCGUGCAGGAUGCCUUUGCUGCUGCCAAGUUAUUGGCCCUGACCCUCAUCAUUCUGCUCGGCUUCAUCCAGAUGGGCAAGGAGAUGGGCAAAGGCGAUAUGUCCAACCUGUACCCUAAGUUAUCCUUUGAAGGCACCAAUCUGGACGUGGGGAACAUUGUGUUGGCGUUGUACAGUGGCCUCUUUGCCUACGGAGGAUGGAACUACCUGAAUUUUGUCACAGAGGAGAUGAUCAACCCCUACAGAAACCUGCCCCUGGCCAUCAUCAUUUCCCUGCCCAUUGUUACACUGGUAUAUGUGCUGACGAACCUGGCCUAUUUUACUACCCUGACUACCAACCAAAUGCUGACGUCUGAAGCCGUGGCUGUGGAUUUUGGGAACCACCACCUGGGAGUCAUGUCCUGGAUCAUUCCAGUCUUCGUGGGCUUGUCCUGCUUUGGCUCUGUCAAUGGAUCUCUCUUCACAUCCUCAAGGCUGUUCUUCGUGGGGGCCAGGGAGGGCCACCUGCCUUCUGUCCUCUCCAUGAUCCACCCACAACUCCUGACACCUGUGCCAUCUCUGGUGUUCACAUGUGUCAUGACCCUGAUGUACGCCUUCUCCAAUGACAUCUUCUCCAUCAUCAACUUCUUCAGCUUCUUCAACUGGCUGUGUGUGGCCCUGGCUAUCAUCGGCAUGAUGUGGCUCCGCUUCAAGGAGCCUGAGCUGAAGCGUCCCAUCAAAGUGAACCUGGCUCUCCCAGUGUUUUUCAUUCUGGCCUGCCUCUUCCUCAUUGCUGUGUCCUUCUGGAAAACACCCACAGAGUGUUGCGUUGGCUUUGCCAUCAUCCUCAGUGGGCUCCCGGUCUACUUCUUCGGUGUCUGGUGGAAAAACAAGCCCAAGUGGCUCCUGCAGACCAUCUUCUCCGUGACGGUGCUCUGCCAGAAGCUCAUGCAGGUGGUUCCUCAGGAGACUUAGCCACCAUUCCUGGGUGCCAUAGGGAGAGUGCACACUGUGACUGCUUCCAGACAACUCACCUUCGGAAAAGCAGCAUCCGGGCCUGUCAUUCCCCACAGCUCCAGUGAGCACCACCAACUACCAUCAUCCGCUGUCCCUCCAAUGGUCAGGUGUCCACAGUAGCUGUGAAAGAAAACUGGUACGAAUUUGGUCCCAGGAGGCUACCAUCCACACACAGCACCCGAUGUGAGGCAUGCUGUGAGCUGAGGCCUGGUCUUUUCCAACUCUCUGAGGACUGCCACGUCUGGCUUUUCUCCCCUCUGAUUUUUUGUUUUGUUUUGUUUUUGUAGUGUGCAUUUGGUCAAGUUUACACUACCGAGAUGAUUAUUUUUUUUUUUUUUUAACAAAACAGGGUAGCAAGAAGCACGAGAUGUGUGUUCAGAACGGUCCAGCUCUGACUGUGACAGCUGCUGGCCACAGCUCCUCUCCUAAGGCUGUUGUUCAGUAGCAUGGUGUGUGCCUCAAGCGGACCACAUCACUGUCAUCAGGUCAAGAGCUACUGAGAUUCGAGUGUCACCUAUUCCAUUGUGGACUUGGACUGACAGAUGGCACAUGAUAGUGUGGGUUGUUUUGUUUUUCUGGGAUCCUAGAGAUGGAACUCCAGCCUCAUUCAUAUGAGAGGCAAGCACUCUACUGCUGAGUUAUUUUCUUAACGUUAUAAAGGUGUAUGUAGCUCAGGUC